UUGGUUGGUUCCGGUGGGAGGAGGCGACCUGCGGCGGUCGACUCGAGCGCACGUUGGACACCCAAACUACCUCAAACCCGCUGCCGCGCUCGAGCAUUCGCCACCACACAUUCCUCCGCCGAUAUAAACCCUAUCUACCGAUUGUUGCACGGCAAGCGCACCCUUCUCCUCCCGCCGCCGCCUUUCAAGAAGCCGCUCGCUAGCUCGCUGUCCUCGGAGAGCAGAUCCGCCGCCGCGGUCCGAUCCGAAGGCGAUGGCGAUGGCCGCUCCCCAUGUCGCCGCCCGUUGCUCCCGUCGUGGCGGCGAGAGUCCGAUCACGAGGAGUUCCUAUUCAUCAAAUGGCAAAUUUCUCUGCCAAGGCAUGGCUGAUCGAAAUCAGCAUAUAUUCUAUUGUUGGUUUUCCAAAAAAAGGUUCUCAAGGCAUGUACGGUCAGAAUAUGGUAAAGCAAACCCCACGUGUGGGUGGCUAGAAAUAAAAACGAUUCAUUCACCCAUUUACCAAGCAAGAAGGAUGACACAAAGCAUAGCACUAGCCUCUACCGAUGAUAGUGUAGUUGUCAAUGGAACUCCACAGGCAACUUCUAACAGUGAAGUGGAGGAGAUGAGGAUUAAGUUAGAUGAAUAUUUACAAGGUGAUGACCUUAGCAGUGGAUUGGUCCAGUCCAUACAUGAUGCAUCAAGGGCUGUUGAGUUGGCUAUUCAAGAGCAUAGUUCAUUGUCGAAAAGCUCUUGGUUCUCGAAGGCUUGGCUUGGAGUGGACAAGAAUGCAUGGAUUAAGAGACUAUCUUACCAGGCUGCUGUACAUUCCUUUCUGCAAGCAGUUAUUGAGAUUUCAUCACGAGGAGAUGGAAGAGACAGAGAUGUUAAUGUUUCUGUGCAAAGAAGUUUACUAAGACUUUGUGCUCCAUUGGAGAGCACUGUCCAAGAUCAAUUGUCUAGCAAGCACACUGCCACAUACGAAUGGUUUUGGAAUCACCAACAUCCAGUGGUUGUAACAACAUUCAUCAAUCUGUUUGAGAGGGAUAUCCGCUUUAAUUCUGCAACAAAGUUAUACCAGAAAGGAGAAUCAUCAGAUUCUGGCAUUGCAAGUGAUCUAUCACUUAUUAUGCUUGCUUUGAGUUGCCUUGCGGCUGUCAGAAAGCUUGGAACAGCAAAAGUAUCUUGUUCACAGUUCUCCUCGAUGGUUCCUGAUAUUACUGGUAGAUUCAUGGAAAUGCUUCUUGAUUUUCUUCCAAUAAAGAAAGCAUAUAGUUCUAUGAAAGAUAUUGGUCUAUGUAGAGAAUUCCUUGUCCAUUUUGGUCCUAGAGGUGCUACAGGUGAAUUUGACAUUGAUCACAAAGCUGAAGAGAGAGCAUUUUGGGUCAAUCUUGUGCAAAAGCAGCUGCGGCUAGCUAUUGACCGGGAAAAGAUAUGGUCUAGACUAACGACAUGUGAGAGUAUUGAGGUACUGGAAAAGGAUUUAGCAAUAUUUGGCUUCUUUAUUGCUUUGGGCAGAAGUACGCAGUCGUUUCUGUCUUCAAAUGAUAUAAAUAUGUCAAAUGAACAGAUUGAAGGCAUCAUAAGGUAUCUUAUAGGGGGAAGUGUAUUAUACUAUCCUCAACUUUCUUCAAUUAGUUCCUAUCAGUUUUAUGUGGAGGUAGUUUGUGAAGAGCUGGACUGGCUUCCCUUUUAUCGAAGUAGCAUAUCUAAUGUGAAAAUUGAUAAUAAAGAUAAUAAGGAAGGGAUUACCAAAAGCGAAGCUAUUUCCCAAGUAUUAAAAGUUUGUUCUUACUGGAUAACAAGUUUUAUUAAGUACAGUACAUGGCUUGAGAACCCAUCACACAUAAAGGCAGCUCGAUUCCUUUCCAGAGGGCACAGCAUGGUCAACGAAUGCAUUGAACAACUUGGUGUGCUUAUGAAUAGAAGUAAAGAAGACAUUGUGGAGCUUCAAGUUCAGCAUGGACUUGAAACAAAUUUAUUGGAACAGUCAGAGCUAGAAUCCUUUGAUGAGGCACUUGAAAGUGUUGAAGAAGCUCUUAGAAGAUUAGAAGAUUUACUGCAAGAAUUAUAUCUUUCUAAUUCAAACAAUGGAAAAGAACAUUUACGAGCUGCUUGUUCGGACCUUGAGAGGAUACGGAAACUCAAGAAAGAGGCUGAGUUUCUCGAGGCAUCCUUUAGAGCAAAGGCUGCCUCGUUAGAACAGGGUGAGAGUGAUGAUUGCUCACUGCCUUCUGCCAGUGAUCAGGGAAGGGUGAAAGAGAUUGGAAACACAUCCGGUGAGGGUGUAAGCAUUCAGAACCCUGAAGAUGAAAAACCUCGUGGUUUUUGGAGUUUCUUGGUGCAAAGCUCCAACAGAAAAAACGAACAAGCGUUCAAGCCUGAUCAAAAUGUCUCUAAUGUCAAUGUAGAUAACCAAGACUUGGAAAUAAAUGAGAUUCGCCGCUUUGAAUUGCUACGGAAUGAGUUGAUUGAGCUUGAGAAGAGGGUCCAAAGAAGUACAGAUGAGUCUCAGAAUGAGGAGGAAUCUGAAUUUAUUGAUGCAAAAGACAAACAUUCAUCUGCAAACAAACAUCAUUUAUUAGUUCCUGCAACAAAGAAAGAAAAUGUCAUUGCCAAGUCAAUUGAGAAGAUCAAAGAGACUACGACGGAUGUCUGGCAAGGAAGUCAGCUGUUAGCCAUAGAUGUAUCGGCAGCUAUGGCUUUACUAAAAAGAGCAGCUACCGGUGAUGAACUUACAGAGAAGGAGAAAAAGGCUCUUCGUAGAACUUUAACUGACUUGGCAUCUGUUAUUCCAAUUGGGUUCCUGAUGCUACUUCCAGUUACAGCAGUUGGGCAUGCUGCUAUCCUGGCUUUCAUCCAGAGAUAUGUACCUGCUCUGAUUCCAUCUGCAUAUGCACCGGAGAGGUUAGAUCUCUUGAGGCAGCUUGAAAAAGUAAAGCAAAUGGAGAUCACUGAUACAAGCACUGAUAGAGUUACUGAGGUAGUUAGCUCAGGCAGCAGUAGAGCCGAGUAGAUAUAAACCGGUCAAGACCAUAAUGGUAUGUGUGUUGCAACUUGAUUUUUCAGUUGUUUUUUGUUUCUUUUGUUGUCCUUUAUAAAUAACUAAUGACAAUGGAGAAGUUCAUGGUGCAUUCCAGUAUGAUGGUACGAAGACACUACAAGAACUUUGAAAAUGGAUAGUUACCUGGUGGUAAAAUGAAGUCAUCCUUACCAUGAUUGUUUUGGCAGUGAUGGCAACGAGACAUUUGUGGUCCAGGUUGGUUGUUGGUAUCCGAUGUUUAUAGUGUGACAAACAUAUGCGAUAUCCUUUGAGCAAUUCAUACAGAUUCAGUUGCAUACAUUACAAAUCGUUUGUUCAUCUUUAUAAAGAAUAGUUAUUGUUUUAUCCGAGAUAGGGUAUCGAUUUCCUGAGAGGAUAUCGCUGUAAAGUACAAUGCUGAAGACUAGUGAUAUAACCGUAAUUAUGGCUUGUGGCUAUGUUUUA